UGCCACCAGCAAGAGGCACCAGAAUGACCCAUUUCACUGUGCACUGCGCUGCAAAACCCUACUUGGGAGGAGUGACUGACUGACUGCUGGGCUGAGCUGGUGGGGCUCAGCUUCCCCUCUAAGGCCCUGGGUUGGAGGUAUUGAUGGGCUGGGUGUGUGACCCAGGGAGAGGAGGGAAGUGCAGGGCUGGGAUCCUGCUCACAAAUGAGGUGGGUUUCCCCAAGCUCACCGUGUGUUGAAGGGACCCUACAGGGCCAGGGGUGCACUUGGUGACCCUGGUGUUUGAGGGGUGGGGAAGGGGGCUCUGGGGCAGCUGUGCCCUCCUUCCAUGGCCCUGGCCGGAGAUGCACACUGCUGGGGACGGGGAAGUCACCAAAUUUUGGAGCUAAUCUCUGAUUUCAUGAGAGGUGGAGUCACAAGUCUCACAGCCUCCCCUCAUUUAAUUCCAUCAGGGGCUGCAUUCUGGUGCUAGCCCCAUUCACACUCUGUACUGCUGGCAGCAUGGCCAGGGCCCAGGGUGCAUGGAGUGGGGCAGCACAGCCCUUCCCUACAGACAGGAGCUCUGUGAAUUGCUCUGUCUGAGCUGCCAUUCUGGCAGGAAUGUGUAUUAAGGCAGUUGGCCGUGGGGCAGGCGCCUAUCUGGGAACUGAGCUCUUCGCCGCCACAGACGUUCGUAAUAUUCAUUUGUAAACCACACAGUGUAAAUACAGCCGUGGCUUUGCCUUGGCCAAGAGACUGCACAGAAUGCAUGCAGUUUUGUGCUGGAGCCUUCCUGCCUACAGCACCCGUGGCAACGUAACUUGCCUUCCUGCUGGGAUUCCCUCAGCUCUGCAGCUUGCUUCCAGCCGUGUAGAAGCAGGUUUUCCCUAGCGGGCCAGCAGGAAUACUGGGUGCUGUGCUGUGAGACCCAAUUCUUCGAUCGCACAACAGCAAAUUCAUUCUAAGACAAACUGUCAAAUGCAAGAUCAACAUGAAACCCGCUCAGCAAGGGGCAGUGGACGGUGAUUCUUGCCAGCCAGCCCCACACAGCCUUGCCCUGUCUGUGUCACAAUGGUUCUAGUGCUUGCUCUCCAUAGAAAGGGGUUAACCCUCCUGUGACUUGUGUUACAUAGCCAGACUAUGAUCUCUGACUUAGAAUCAGUUAAUCCUUCCCUCCAGCCCAGAGCCCCGACCCUGGCUACAGCACAGCACAGGCCCAUGGUAGGACAGAGACAGCUGAGCCCAUGUAAAGUAACCAUUGCCAUGUCUGAGAUGUCAGUGUGCGGGCCGGAUGGGAGAGUUCAUUAGCUCAUGCUGGCCUAGGGCUUUCCUCUGCAGAGGAGUUUGAGUGGGGGCAUGGUGUCCUCACUAGAGGGCUCUUAUCUCUACAGUUUAUCCUGCCGCCAGCCCCCACACGCACUCCUUUGAUCCAGUGGGGCACAGGUUUGCUGACCGUGAGGACUUAGGGCAAAGCCCUAGGUCCUUGUUGAGCAGUGGCUGGGAGGGGAGAGGUUAAGUGGUGGUACACCAGGGUUUGAAGGUUUCUGGUUUUGCAGGGUGGGGAGGAGUUGUGUUAAAUACUGGAUUGUCCAAGUGGCUGGAAUCUUAAGGGGAUCUCCAGAUGUGUCCUAUUUGGCUUACAACUGAAAGGAGAGCACCUCACUGACCCCUCCGCUCCAUUCUUGCGCUUGUCCAUGGCCGUAGAAUGAGACACGCUGAUGUGCAGUAAGUAAAUCAAAGCGGGGUCUGAACUUCUGUCCAGAGGGCUCUAACAGGGUCCUGCCCCUGUUAAUUCAGUGGGGACCCGUGGCAAAGACAUGAUGGACAGACAGCUGCAGAACAAGGAGAUAGUCUCUUGGGACUCAUCCAGGCUAGAUCCCCUCUCUUUUCCAGGGUUUGUCUGGCCUGAAAGGUGGUAUGGACCUAUCAGGAGGGCCAGGAGAAGGUCUGCACCUGGCCCCGGGCUCUGGAUGGGGGGGGGGUGAGGAUGGCUGGGCAAGAAGCCGCUGCAGUCAAAGCAAGGGGCUAGAGAGACCUACUGAGAGCCCAGGCGCACAAGCUUGGGUGCCUUUAUACUCAAGUGCCUCUGACAAGCCUGCAUGGGAGAGGCUCAGCAGGGUUUGGCCAUGGGAUAGGGGCAAAAUCCUGAGCAAGCAGGUCAACUUAUAAAGGGGUGGCUGUUUGGGGGUGGGGGAACAAGGGACCUGCCACUGAGCUUAACUAGGCAGAGUGCUGCACCAAGUUGAGUCUGGCAUGGGCCACCUGAGCAAGGGGAGGGGGCAGUGGGAUUGCUACUGUGGCUUUUGUCCCUGAAAGACUAUAACUGCCCAUGCAACCAGCAGGAGGAAAUUAUGUGGAAAAGACUCCACUGGGACCUCUAGAGGCAGAGUCACAGGUCAAAGGCUGCUGGCUCUGGAGAAGUGGGUGGACCAGUGAGGUACCUUGAUAUCUUUGAAAAUCUGCCCUAUGCACUAGAUCUGCAGAUCCCUAGUAAGGUUUCCUUGCCGGCUCCUCUCUGCCUGCCCUGAGGGGCCGUCAGCUCUUGUGCUCAGCGGUGUCCCUUCCCUCAGGUAGGUGCACGUGUGAGUGUCUACUGGAGGCUGGGGCUUGGCCUGGUAAAUGCCUACCAUCCUCGCCUUGCAGCCCUGCUGUGCCUGGGGCAGUGUCAGGCUGUAGAAAGGCCCUGCUGUAUCGUGCCACUAAUGGCUGCCUGCAGGGCUGGGGAUCUGCCUGGCUGAGAAUCACUCACUGCCAGAGAUCAUUACUGCUGACACGUGCCUGCAUCGCCUACCCCCAGGCAUGGGAGCUGGGGCUGGGACUGUGCCUCCCUGCCAACCCUCCUGCUCAUUACUGGAUGUGAAAAUAGCCCAGCAGCCCCACACCCCUUAAAAUCGCUGCUAGAAAUAAAUCUGUUUAUGAGAGAGGGCUGUAAAACCACAAGGACGCAGGGUUUCGUGGGGUUGCCUGUGGCUGGGUGAGGCACGCCAGGGCUCAGCAAUCAGUGAGGCCCUGCUGCUGUGACUCUGGCUGCUCUAUUUGAGGAAAGGCUAUUUGUAACUUUCCUAGAGAAAAGGCUUCCCUUGUAAUUAGCAAUGCACAUGGUGUCAUUUACCACUGCCUGGUACAUAAUACUGGGCAAAUACAGCUUUCAACCCCACAAGUGCUCGUGCCCUGCUAGCUACCGCUCAGCCGGGAUCAAGCCAUAAACAACAGCAGCAUCUGCGUCUUCUCUACUCCCGGAGUCAUGUCUAUCGCACACACGGCAGCCGAGUACAUGCUCUCUGAUGCUUUGCUCCCGGAACCCAGCGGCUCCCGAGCCAAAGGCCUUCGCCUGGAGUUACCGUGCGAUCGUGUUGUGAAGUUUGUUGCGGUGGGCCUGCCCCUGUUCCUGGUGUCCCUGGCGUUCGCGCGGGAGUUUUCCACGGGGACCCAGAUCAGCUGUUUCUCGCCUGCCAACUUCACAGGGAAGCAGUCUGCAUACGUUGAUACGUCUUGCUGGGAUUCCUUGAUCCACUAUGAAUUUGAUGCUGCUGGAAACACUACCACCAAAUCCCUCUGGACUCUAAAGGCCUUCCCCUACUCCCUGCUGCUCAUCGCGGUGGCCAUGUACCUGCCCUCCCUACUGUGGCGAUACACAGCUGCGCCUGCGCUGAACAGCGACCUGCUCUUCAUCAUCGAUGAGCUGGACAAGUCCUACAACCGCUCCAUCCGCCUGGUGCAGCACAUGGUGAAGGUCCGCCAGGCCAGCACGGAUGCCCGGCUCUUCUGGGAGGAGUUUGAGAAGGCUCGCAGGGAGCGGUACUUUGAGUUCCCACUGCUGGAGCGGUACCUGGCCUGCAAGCAGCGCUCGCACUCCCUGGUGGGCGCCUACCUGCUGCGGAACCUCCUGCUGCUGCUCCUCAUCACUGCUACCUGUCUCUACCUGGGAUUCCUCCACCUCCGCGUCUUUUUCCAAGAUGAAUUCAGCUGCUCCAUCAAGACAGGGCUCCUGCGAGAUGAGCCCCACGUUCCCGAUGUGAUUCCCUGCAAGCUGGUCUUCUUCUCUGUCUUCCAGCUGAUCAGCAUCUCCAAUGGGGGUGUCUAUGUCCUCCUGGCACCUGUGGUCAUCUACAACAUGCUGCAGCUCCUUCAGUGGGACAAGCGCCUCCUGUCCAUCUAUGAGAUGCUGCCUGCCUUCGACCUCCUCAGCAGGAAGAUGCUGACCUGCCCCUUGAACGACCUGAACAUCAUCCUCCUGUUCUUGCAGGCCAAUCUCUCUGAGCUCAAGUCUUUCAGCAGACUGAACGCGGUGUGCGCGCUGAGGGAGGUCACCUCCAGCCCACAGCACAUCGACACCGUGGUGGAUUUCAUGACCCUCCUUGCUGGCCUAGAGACAUCCAAACCGAAACACGCGGCUUGCACUGCAGGGGCUGAAGGAAACCCUCCUUCUCCAAGCAGCGAGAUCCUAGAAAUGGAACCCACAGGAGAAGCUAAAAGAAACACUGGCCCCAAGCCCAGCCUGCCUUGUUCUGCCUGAGCGGAGGACCCUGACAGAUUGCUGAGCAGGGAUGAGAAGAUCACAGCUCCCCUGCCGAGCCAUGACAAGAUGUUAGAGGACGACUAAGAAAUGUAACAAUCAAAUCCAUGGGGUGAAUUCAGGCCACUGGCCUACACCAGCUACUGCUCUUGGAUCGGCUCCGCACUCAUCCCACCCACGUAAUCAUGGCUGAAACUGUUCAUGGCUCUAGUGCUUUGUAGAUCCAUUGAUCAACACCCAUGAAACUGGUUUUUAUCUGGACCAGUGUAAUCCUCACCCUGCCAUGCUCUUGGGUUCAGCCGCUCCAGUGUAGCCAUUCUGGUUUUAUAGCAAUUAUACCCCAGUAUAACUAUGGAUGCCAGAGGAGAUGCUUCUGAUUUGUUCUAGCAUAAAUGAUCUCAGUGGAGUUACUUUCUCUCCAGGAAGUGAGAGUACCAGGGGGCUGAGGAAGGCAUAUUCAAAAUGAAGCAGAGGAAAUGGAAUGGUUCAUAAUUAAAAAGUGAACGCCGGGUGUUGCUCUUGCUUUAAAGGUGUUGGGAUUCUGCAGAAGCAGGCUGCUCUGAAGGACAGAGUGGUGCUAAGCUAGAACCCAUGAGCCCUAAGCUGGGGACUACAACCCAGCUGGCUGAGCACAUGGUCCUGGCUCUCUCCCUUGGCAGCUGUAGGUAUCAGGCUUUAAAAGCAGCUGGAAACAAGAAGCAGGAGUCAGCACAACUGCCUCCGUGAAGAGCUACUGCCAUGUCAUAGAAUCACAGGACUGGAAGGGACCCUGAGAGGUCAUCUAGUCCAGUCCCCUGC